CGGCCAGGGGACGGUCGUCGGGACACUGGCGAGCAUGUCGGCUGUGGCUCUCGUGGCGCCUUUCGUUCGCGUUGGAGGCCGCCUCUUAAGAGGCUGCCGCGCGCCGGCGGCUGGAGGAGGCGGAGUCCGGCAUGCUGGAGGUGGUGUGCAUAUUGAGCCCCGGUAUAGACAGUUUCCUCAGCUGACCAGGUACCAGGUGGUCCUGGGUGAGGUCUUCAGCGCAGGCAUGUGGUUCUGGAUUCUCUGGCACUUUUGGCAUGACUCAGAUGCUGUGUUGGGUCACUUUCCAUAUCCAGAUCCUUCCAAGUGGACAGAUGAAGAAUUAGGUAUCCUUCCUGAUGAUGAAGACUAAAAGUGUAGACUCAACUCUUUGCAAAAGCCAGAUGAAAAUUUCAAGAUACUACAGACUUCGUGUUAUACAUUAAAGUUGCAAAUUAAAGUGGUUUGGUCAAGAAUGAG